AUGGAUCCUAACCUUGAUCAAUUUGCUUUUUACAUCACAUUCCCACUCGGUCUCAUCCUGAUAACCCUAUUCUUAACCAUUGCUUCCUAUCUCUGCACACGCAUGGGCCUCGCCGCUGGCAACCCAUCCACCCACCAAACCAUCACCAUUCCAAACUCUGACAGAAACUUUGCCUCCAUUGAAUUAGGCCUUGAUGAAGUCAGUCUCCAAAGCUUCCCAAAGCUCCUCUACUCCCAAUACAAGCUCCAAAACAACAGCUCAACAGCUUCUUGCUGCUCUAUAUGUUUCAUGGAUUAUAAAGAAACUGACGUCCUGCAGUUGCUGCCUGAUUGUGGCCAUCCCUUCCAUCUCAAGUGCAUCAACCCCUGGUUAAGGCUGCAUCCCACUUGCCCAAUGUGUCGGAACUCGGCAGUUUCGAUUCCAAGCGCGGUUCGGCCUCCCAUUCAGGUGCCAGCUCCCUUGGCCACACAGCAAGAGUGA